UCCCUCCUGGUUUUUUGCUUCUUCCCUUUUUACAUAGUGUUCCAACCACCCAUGACGGUAAUGGCAAGAAAAGUAAGGCCCCGUCGAUUUCUUGCAUUCAUCGUUGUCGCCUGGGGUCUUGUCACUGUUGGUCAAGGGCUCGUCAAGUCAUGGAAACCGAUGCUUGCUCUCCGAUGCAUUCUCGGAAUCCUCGAAGCUGGUUAUUUUUCGAGCUGUGUUUACUUGCUCAUCCAGAUGGACGGAAUUGCUGGCCGUGCCGGAUGGAGAUGGGUCUAUAUCAUCGAAGGGAUUGUUACCUGCGCGGCCGGAAUACUCGGAUUUCUCUUAAUUGUUGACUUUCCCGAGGAGGCAACGACUUCUUGGAAAUUUCUGAAUGAGGAAGAGGCCAAAAUCGUCAUUGAGAGGAUCCAGCAAGAUCGGUCCGAUGUUGACACUCCUGCCUUUCAGUUACUGCCAUAUCUUUCGAACGCGCUGGACUGGAAAAUUUGGUGUUUUGCCGCAAAUUUCGGUGUGACUGCGAAUGUUACCUACGCCACCCUCUACUUCCUUCCUACUAUUUUGAAGAAUGAUCUCGGCUUCAGUGAGGUAGCAUCAUUAUGUCUUACUACUCCGGGUGUAGCAUUCUCUGCAGUCCUUGGGAUUGCACAGGCAUAUUUCUCCGACCGACUGCAGCUUCGUGCACCUUUUAUGGUGAUGAAUUGCAUCUUAAUGAUCAUCGGUAUUGGCCUACUGGGUUUCACGUCAAACAGCGGGAUCCGAUAUUUCGGCUGCUUUCUGGUGUCCGGUGGUGCUAAUGCCAACAACCCCCUCUGCAUGACCUAUCAAGCAAACAAUAUUGUUGGACAAUGGAGGCGUGCAUUUUGCUCUGCUACCCUGGUUGCAAUGGGCGGCAUAGGGGGUAUCAUUGCGUCUUUAACAUUUCGUGACCAAGAUGCCCCUGGCUACAGGCCCGGUCUUUAUACCUGCCUAACAGCAGCCGUGUUGCAGAUAUUGUCCGUGUGUUCCACUUCGAUUUACUUCUGGAUCCAGAAUAGAAGGCAAGCGGGAGGGGAAGUCACUCUUGAGGGCAGACCAGGCUUUCGAUACACCUAUUGA